AUGUCGGUACGCAGUAACCCUUUUUCCCUCGUGUCCAUCGGCGUCCUUUUCCUUUCUGCCGUUGUCGUACUCUGGCUGAAUCAUUCCACGCAGGACACCAGAGCCGCCACGAUCACAGACUGGGUCAAGCCCGGCGACAAGUCCGGAGAGUUCAAGCGACAGCAAUCGUCCUUCCGGAGCUGGAUAUCCAAAGACCCCAACUCGGAGUUCCCGGCCGAGAAGGGGAGGUAUCAUUUAUACGUCUCUUAUGCUUGUCCUUGGGCUCACAGAACGCUCAUCGUACGCAAACUCAAAGGCCUCGAAGACAUUAUAGGCUUCACCAGCGUUCAUUGGCACCUGGAAGAGAAAGGUAGGUACCUAUUGUUGAUUUCCGAUCUGCGGUUUCCAUGGUAUUCCAUCUUUAUUUCGGGGGUCCUUGGCGGUCCGUUUAUUUGGCUGCCUUCUUUCUCGUUCGACUUUCUGUUCGCGGUGUACUUUGGAACAAAUUCUGACAAGGCUUUGCAAAACUCAAAAGGCUGGCGGUUCGCGACCUCGGACGAAAAGAUUCCCGGUGACAACACCACGCCUGACCCUCUCCAUCCGGAGUUCACGCACCUGCGCGACCUCUACUUCGCCGCGGACAAGGAGUACAACGCUCGCGUCACGGUCCCGGCUCUCUGGGACAAGAAGACCAAGACCAUCGUGUCCAACGAGUCCUCAGAGAUCAUCCGUAUGCUGUACACCGAAUUCGACGACCUGCUGCCGGCCGAGUUCCGCGCCCCCCAGGUCGACCUGUACCCGGCCGGACUCGCGUCCCGGAUCGAAGAGACCAACGCGUGGACGUACGACGACAUCAACAACGGGGUGUAUAAGUCCGGCUUCGCCACCACCCAGGAGGCGUACGAGAAGAACGUCCUGCAGCUCUUCAAGUCCCUGGACCGCGCCGAGGCCGAGCUUGCCAGGUCCAACGGUCCGUUCUACUUUGGCGACCGCGUCACGGAGGCCGACGUCAGACUCUACACCACCAUCGUCCGAUUCGACCCGGUCUACGUCCAACACUUCAAGUGUAACAUCAAGGACAUCCGGUCCGGCUACCCCAACCUGCACAGGUGGCUGAGGAAUCUGUACUGGAAUGUCCCCGCGUUCGGCGAAACCACCCAGUUUGAGCACAUCAAGAAACACUACACCAAGAGCCACAAGCAGAUCAACCCAUUCUCCAUCACUCCCGUAGGGCCCCUCCCGGAUAUUCUGAAGUUGGAUGAGGAAGUUGCUGCAGUGGCAGCAGCAAACAGAUAG